AUGUUCUUCUCUACUUCUUCCACUGCGCUGGCCGCUCUGGUGCUUGCACCUUUGGCACUUGCUGCCCCUGCCACCUCUCCCAACCCUGCCAUUUUCGAGAGAUCUUUGAACUCUGGCAAGGGUACCUGGUAUGGCAUGAGCUGUGGCGAGGAAGCUUGCUGGCAACAAGGCGCUUGCGCUUUCACCGACUACGUCCUUCCCUCCUCCAUUGCCGGCUCUACUUGCGUUUCUGAGACUAUCUGGAACAACGGUCAGAACUGUGGUGGCUGUGUCUCCAUUACCUACAAGGGCGGUGCUAAGAAAAUUGCCAUGGUUACCAACAAGACCGGUGGUGACAAGAACCACUUGGACAUGUCGCCCAACAUGUUCUCCAAGAUCGCCAACAAGAACCUCGGCGAGAUCCCCAUUGAGUGGGAGUUCGUUCCUUGCCCCAUCACCGAUGGUCUUCAGAUCAAGAUGCACGGCGGAAGCUCUCAAUAUUGGUUUGCUGCCACCGUCAUGAACGCUCGUCUGCGUACCUUCAAGCUCGAGGUCAGUGGCGACAGCGGUAAGACCUGGAAGUCCACCACCAGAAACGUCAACAACUUCUUCGAGAUCACCGGCGGUACUGGCACCAAGACUGCUUGGGUCAGAGCCACUUCCGAGAAGGGUGACACUGUCAUCGUCAAGGAUGUCGACAUGUCCUCUGGUAAGACCACCAAGAGCACUGUCAACUACAAGGCUUAG